GAGUUUGCCGCCCUAGUUUUUAGCACCGAUACACAUCACUAGGCGCGCCAAAAAGCGCUGACAAAAACAAAAAUUAAGGCCCCAAAUUAGCGUCAGGAUUCGCCAACUGUAAGUGGAAGUGGAAUAAAGCGAGAAUGAGUCUGGAUGAAUCGAUAUGCGCGUAUUUCGUGAACAACACAAAGAGCGAGACAGAUGGCGCCAUCGCAGAGCAAUAUGGGAACGCAUUGAAACUGAUGCGAGAGCAGCUGGCGGACACGCAGAUCCGUGAGAUUCGGCCAAGUGAAGGAUUUCCAUUGAUUGCCGGCGGUGGCCUGACCAAGAAGGAUGUCUUCGUGAUGGCCCACUUUGAGGGCGAUCUCUUUAAUCAGUUGCAGAUGACCAAGGCACUGGUGCUGGGUCCGCCGUGCAUUGUGGAGUGUUUGGUCAAGUGCGAACCUAUACCGUUGGGCAGUAGUCCGGUUUAUUCAACGGCCAUGCGUGACCUGCAGAUCUCUGCAAGCGGAGUCUCCAGUAAGGAGAAGGAUGAGCUGAAACGGUUAAUCCACUGGAUGGGCGGACACUAUUUCCAGAACUUUGGACGCAACAUCACGCAUCUGAUAUCGAACACCAUCAAGUCCAACAAAUACGAGCACGCUACGCUGAACAAUGUGCCCGUCAUGCAUGUCGACUGGGUGCAGUGCGUCUGGGAUUGCUGUCAUAGUCAGAAUAGUAACAACAUUAAUGCCACGGAUUCACAGUUCGACAAGUAUCGUCUGCCCACGUUCUUUGGGGCAAACAUCACGUGCAGCGGAUUGGAGACGUCUCGCAAGGAUGCCGUCAUCCGUCUGGUCAAUGAGAACGGUGGGAUCUAUCAUCGCGCCUUUCGCUCCCAGCAGGUGGACAUUGUCAUCACCGAGCAGUCCAAAACGGACUCGGAGAAAUACAAGGCGGCGGUGCGCUUCAAGAAGGACAUCCUGCUGCCGGAGUGGAUAUUCGAUAGCCAGGAACGUGGCUAUGCGCUGCCCACCAAACAGUACGAGGUGCGUCCCCGCAAACAGGUCUCCACACCCACCAAGUCCAAGUCCAACCAAACCGCUGCGGAUCAGACCCAACUCUCCGACCUCUCCAGCAUCAGCUUUGUCUCCGCCGGAGCAGGUCGGCGCAUGUGCAGCGACAAUACCACUGUGAACGAGACGCUGAGCAACUGCAGCAGCGGCAGUGUCAACAAGCAGCUCCUUAAGCAGGCUACAACCAGCAGCAACAGCAACCAGAAGCAACAGCUGUAUCAGCAGACGCUCGCGGAGAUUUGUCCGCGCAAGGCGAAGCAGGCGGGAAGCUUCCUCGAUGGCUGCUGUGUCUACUUGAGCGGCUUCCGGGCUGCGGAGCGGGAGAAGCUGAAUCGUGUGCUCAACACGGGCGGCGCCACACGCUACGAUGAUCCGCACGAGGGUCUCACCCACAUCAUUGUCGGCCAGCUGGACAAUGCCGCCUAUCGGCAGUGGCAACUCGAUGGACUCCUUGCUGCGGUGCAGGUGGUGCAGCUGGAGUGGCUCUUGGAGAGUAUUCGCGCUGGUCGCAUUGCCAACGAGCUGCCGCACCGGAUCACCUUGCCGGAUGGCGGGGAGCAACCCGUGAUUGCUUCACCCGGCAGCAAGCGCACUCUGCGCUCCAUGAAUCACAGCUUCAAGCAGCCAACGGUGCCCAUUAAGAAGAAGCUCUUCGAGGGCACAGCAGCAGCGCAACCAGAACCGGAGCUGGAUCCCGAACCGGAGCCGGAUCUGUUGACACACUACUCGCAGGAGCAGGAGCCUGUCAUGGCAUUGCCCGCCGCCAGCUCCACACAGCUGUCACUCACAGUUGAACCUGCUGCCCCUGCUGCACCUCCUCAAGUUGCUCCACUUGCUCCCUCUAUUGCCUAUCCCGAUCUGAGCGCCAGCACGCUGUCGAUAGACUUUGACAAGCUGGAUUACUUCAUGGGCGCCUCGGUGUACGUCCACGAGGCGUGCUUCAGCAGCGAGCUCUAUGACCAGAUGGUCAGCGAGUGCAAGGCGGCCCAGGGCUGCCUGGUGCCUCCGACCUACACAGAUCCCGUGGACUAUGCCAUUGUCAGCUUCGAGCAGGCCCUGGAUGAGUCUGUGCUGCCGGUGCAGGCGCGUCAUGUGGUCACGGAGCUGUAUCUGGAGAGUUGCAUGAAGCAAAACAAGCUGCUGCCCCUGGAGUACUAUCAUCGUCCAGUUCCAUUCCAUGCACAAAAGGAGCAGCUGCGCGGCAUGACCAUUGUGGUGUCCAUAUAUGCGGGACUGGAGCGGGAUUUCAUCAAUGCGCUGGCGGAGCUACAGGGCGCCACACUGAACAAGGCGUUCGUCAAGAAGGAGCGACCAUUGUUAGUGUGCUCAAAUGCCGAGGGUUCCAAAUACGAGGGCGCCAUCAAAUGGGGCUAUCCAGUGGUGCAAGCCCAAUGGUUGCUGCAGUGCGCCCAGCGUGGUGAGAAGCUGCCAUUUGACGGCUUCUUGGUGGGCAAAAGUGCCAGCCAGUUCCCCGGAUCACCCAGGCUCAAGGAGAGCAACAAAAACAAGACACUUACGCCUCAAAACAAGACGCCCAUUCAUCAUUCCCAUUCCCAUAAUCAGGAGACGGACCAAGUCACAUUGCAAGAGGAGAAUAAGGAACAGCAUCCACAAAUGGACGCACUGCCUCCGCCGCCGUCACCGUCGCCGCCGGAAUUGACACCACUGCGCAAUCCCCGCGUCUCCGCGUUGGUCACCGGCCGGCCCAGCGCACGACGCCGCAGCUCGGGCGGCUCCUCAGCUACGCCGGAAUCACCACACACGCCACUCAAUCAUAGAGGAGCGGGAGGCGGAGCAUGCAACUUUGACUUUCUGGAGCAGGUGGUGCAGCGACUGGACACGAGCCAAGCACGCGACUGUGUGCGCCAGAUAAUCCGUGAGAUGCGCGAGAACCAGACACCCGAAUUGGAGCGCAUCCGGCGACAGGCGAGUACGCCCGUCAAUCGCCGCCAGACGUCGCGACCCGCUCCGGGCAUACCCAACUUCUGUCUGACGCCCGAGUUCCAGCAGCGCAUGGCCGACGACUUCGAGCGACGUUGGCGUCUGCCCAAGCACCAGAUCAAGCCGGACACUCCCAUCUCAGUAAUCAGGCAGCGGGUGAUGCGCAUCACUUGUGAAACCCUAGGCAUAGACUAUGAGGAUCAGCAGCAGGAGCAGCCGAAAAUGCCAGAGGAACAGCAGGUGGGCAGAACACUCUUCCAAGCCAGACCCACUACACCCGGCUCACCGUUUAUACCCAACACACAAAGUCCCAAUGCCGCUGCAACAGGAGCAGGCACUGGAACUGCAACAGGAAGUGGAACUGGAACUCGAACUGCAUCUGGUCAUCAUGCUCGCGAGGAGCUGCCCAACGGAAGCACCAUCAAUUUUGACAAGAUCAGCUUUGAGGAGUCGGCGACGGAGAACAUGUCGGAACUGAAGCAAAUCACCGAUUACCUCAAGAGUCGGGAGUCGCGACGCAGCAGCCUGAAGCGUGACCAUGAGGGUCAGACCAGGAGCGAGGUGCAAUAUGUGCAGCCGUUCGAGUCGGAGGGAUUCGCCCUCACCGCCAGCGAGGAUAUCGUGGACUGGCGAGAUCCUGCCGAGUUCAAUGGAGCCAAGCGAAGCGCUGACGACACAUCGCCGCUAAUGCGUCAUCCGGGAACACCUUGCUUUAGCAUCUCCUGCGGCGAUGAUGAGGAGAAGCGCACUCUGCUCAUGGAGCGCAUCAAGGCACUGGGCGGCAACAUCUGCCAUAAUCUGGUUAACUAUGAUCCCGCAUGCACACAUCUUCUAUGUGAGCGUCCCAAUCGCGGCGAGAAGCUGCUAGGCUGCAUGGCAGCUGGCAAGUGGAUUCUGAACAUCCUCUACAUCGAGCAGUGCCACGCCCGUGGCGCCUUUCUUGAUGAGUCCCUGUACGAGUGGGGCAAUCCCAAAGCGCUCAAUCUGCCCGUCAUGUCGCCGGAGGAGCAGCCAAUUGCUGUGGCUGCACAUCGCUGGCGUACCGAACUGUCAGCUGGUGCCAGCGACGGCGACGGCGAAGGAGCCUUCCAAGGUCUGCGUGUUAUACUUAGUCUGCAGGAGCGCAGCCUGGACGCCAUCAAAAAUGUGCUGCGAGCUGGCGGUGCAUGCAUUUUGGAGCCAAAGACGCCGUUCAGCUCGGACCCGACUGCGGAUAGCGCCACGCAUUGCUUCAUGGACGUGAAGAAGGCGCCACUGGCCGCUCCUGACUUUGCCUACCUGCAACAGCGAGGCGUCCGUAUCAUGUCCCAAAUGUGGAUCAACAGCUACCUCAUGGGCGGACGCGACUCCAACUUGGAGAAGUACGUGUUGCGGCAGUAGACUCUGUCAAAACCACAUACAAUUUAUCUUUAUGUAUUAAUUUAUUCGUUAUUCUUGUCACAUUUUCCUUUGUCCGAUUCAACACUAUGAGAUUCUUACAUGGAGACAUUAUUUCUUUAAAUAUUUUGAGUUUCAUAUACAUAUAAUUGAUUCAUGAAACAACCUCAUCGUGUUAAUCCAAACUUCACGUUAUAGAUUAUCGGCUCUGAUAUCUGGACCCGACACAAGUCUGAUUUCCAUUUUGUUCUAAGACUGCAAUAAAAUAUUUUUUUUUUUAAUUUCACAAGUUGAAUUUCUUCAUAUGUAGUUAUUUAAACUCGAUAAAUACAUUAUUUUGAAGAAUAAUCGUUCCUUUUGGGCUUUACUUUGUUUGAUUGAAAAAAAAAUUAAAAUUUGUUGACAGAUAUUUGAUUGGAUUUAUAUGUACGAGUAUAUAGUACACUCAUUGUGGCAGUCGCAUUUGAUGUCAGCAAUGUUGGUGAAGUUUCAAGAACAAAUUGUUUCCAUCGGGAAUCACCUUUCAUGGUGUAAAAUAGAGAGAGAGAGAGAAUGUAAUGUAUUUUUUGUUAAUAUUUCGUUAUUAUUUAUUCAAAACUCACUUUUCCUUUCCGGGCGGUCUAUUUAUUUAAAAAGAUCUACUUCUUAGCUUAUUUCAGGAUAUAUAUAUGAGAAAGAAUAAACGUUUCAACUAUCAACUGAAUUCUCUCAUCGUGU